GCUUUUUUCCACAGCUGCCAGAAAGUUGAAAGCGGAUCGUGCUCGCGUUCGAGGUCCAACAGCCAAAGUGGCUCUAUAAUUUUCUGCUUUUUCUUCAAAUCCACCCCCAACGGCCCCACCCCACAAGCCCUUACGUGAUUUUCAUAAAACCCCCAUAAAGUUUCCAAAAUUGACAAACAAGUCCAUAUUCAACUGUGAUGUUUUGUAUUCAUACGAAGAUAGCGCGAAACUCAUACGGCUCAUGCAGGCGACUAAGCUAAACCUUCCAAAUCAAAUUUGGAAAUUUUCCAGUAUAAAUUUUCUGACCCAUUUUUUUAAAUUUUUUUAAAUAAAUUAAUUGUGGAAAUACGUUUUCGAAGAGCGCGGCAAAAAUAGAUAUGUUUCUAGUUUUUUAUCUGUUUUUUUUUUUUUUCCCUUUUGGGUUUCGGUUAGAUGAGCGAGAAAAUGCCAGGGAUUGUAGGAGCACGGCAACAAUUGAAGUGGGUUCGUCCUUGUUGGUGGAAGUGUUAUGGCGGUUACCUCCGCAUUGCUCGAACAAAAUCCCCAAAUUCUCAAAUUUGCUCCUGCAGAAAUUACUCUAAUGUUCCUCGCAUUAGCUUCCGCAGAAGAAAUCAUAGGCCCUUAGUAACUCGGUGCUCAUCAACAAUGACUGUCACACCCAAGAUUUCAAUCAACGAUGGGAACCUUGUGGUUCAUGGGAAGACCAUUUUAACUGGAGUGCCAGACAACAUCAUCUUGACUCCUGGAUCGGGUGUGGGACUCGUUGCUGGUGCAUUUAUUGGUGCCACUGCUUCUCAUAGCAAAAGUCUCCAUGUCUUUCCUGUUGGCGUUUUAGAAGGUCUCCGUUUUAUGUGUUGUUUCCGUUUCAAGUUAUGGUGGAUGACCCAGAGGAUGGGCAUUUGUGGGAAAGACAUUCCUUUGGAGACCCAGUUCAUGCUAGUGGAAAGUAGGGAUGGUGGUGAAGGAGUUCAGGAUGAUGCCCAGACUAUUUACACCGUCUUCCUUCCUCUACUUGAAGGCCAGUUCCGUGCUGUUCUGCAAGGCAAUGAAAAGAAUGAGAUGGAGAUCUGCCUUGAGAGCGGGGAUGAUGCUGUUGAAACUAAGCAGGGCCUUUACCUAGUCUACAUGCAUGCAGGGACCAACCCAUUUGAAGUUAUCAACCAAGCUGUAAAGGCUUUGGAAAAACACAUGCAAACUUUUCUUCAUCGAGAGAAGAAAAAGUUGCCGUCUUUCCUUGACUGGUUUGGCUGGUGCACUUGGGAUGCAUUUUACACUGAUGUCACAGCUGAGGGUGUUGAGGAAGGCCUUAAAAGCCUAUCAGAGGGAGGGACUCCUCCACGAUUUUUGAUCAUAGAUGAUGGUUGGCAACAGAUUGAAAACAAGCCCAAGGAAGAUACUAAUGCUGUUGUGCAAGAAGGAGCACAAUUUGCAAGAAGGCUCACUGGAAUAAAGGAGAAUGCAAAAUUUCAGAAGAAUGGUGAAAAUACUGAGGAGGCCAGAGGACUAAAGCAUGUUGUGGAAGAUGCCAAGAAAUGUCACAAUGUGAAGUUUGUAUAUGUAUGGCAUGCUUUAGCUGGUUACUGGGGUGGAGUAAAACCAGCAGCUGCUGGUAUGGAGCAUUAUGACACUGCAUUGGCAUAUCCAGUUCAGUCUCCUGGUAUAUUAGGCAACCAACCGGACAUUGUCAUGGAUAGUCUCUCUGUCCAUGGCCUUGGUUUGGUGCAUCCCAAGAAGGUUUUCGAUUUCUAUAAUGAGCUUCAUGCCUACUUGGCCUCAUGUGGUGUGGAUGGAGUAAAAGUUGAUGUUCAGAACAUCAUUGAGACCCUUGGUGCUGGUCAUGGUGGAAGAGUUUCCCUCACCCGCAGCUAUCACCAAGCUCUUGAGGCUUCGGUUGCACGAAACUUCCCUGACAAUGGAUGUAUCGCAUGCAUGUGCCAUAACACCGAUGGGAUCUACAGUGCCAAGCAGACUGCUGUUGUGAGAGCUUCUGAUGACUUCUAUCCUAGGGACCCUGCUUCCCACACCAUUCAUAUUUCCUCCGUGGCUUACAACACAAUUUUCCUUGGAGAAUUUAUGCAACCUGACUGGGAUAUGUUCCAUAGUUUACAUCCUGCUGCAGAUUAUCAUGGCGCAGCUCGUGCUAUUGGUGGGUGUCCAAUCUAUGUCAGUGAUAAGCCUGGCAACCACAACUUUGAGCUACUGAAGAAGCUGGUCCUUCCUGAUGGAUCAAUUCUGCGUGCCCAACUUCCUGGCAGGCCUACUCGUGAUUCUCUCUUUGUCGAUCCAGCAAGAGACGGUACCAGCUUGCUGAAGAUAUGGAAUGUGAACAAAUGCACUGGUGUGGUUGGUGUUUUUAACUGCCAAGGUGCUGGUUGGUGCAAGAUUGAAAAGAAGACCCGCAUUCAUGAUGCUUCUCCUGGUACCCUCACUGGCUCUGUUCGUGCCACUGAUGUGGACUGUAUUGCUCAAGUUGCUGGUGCAGAUUGGAAUGGGGAGACAAUAGUAUAUACCCAUAAAUCAGGGGAGGUGGUUCGGUUACCUAAAGGUGCUUCAAUGCCAGUGACACUGAAAGUUCUUGACUAUGAACUCUUCCAUUUCUGUCCAAUCAUGGAGAUCACUUCCAACAUUUCAUUUGCACCAUUUGGGUUGCUUGACAUGUUCAACACAGGUGGUGCUGUGGAUCAGUUGGAAAUUAAGGUGGCUUCUGACGAGAAACCAGAGCACUUUGAUGGUGAGGUCUGCUCAGAGAUUACUACUUCACUCAGUGAAAAUCGGUCUCCAACUGCAACCAUUGCACUAAAAGUUAGAGGAUGCGGACGUUUCGGGGCAUACUCUUCGCAGCGCCCACUGAAAUGCUUAGUGGGUAAUGCUGAAACUGACUUCAACUAUGACUCUGAUACUGGACUAGUGACCCUGACUCUCCCUGUACCAGAGGAGGAGAUGUAUAGGUGGACUUUGGAGAUCCAAGUUUAGGUAACGCCUGGAGUAAUUUGAAGAGAUGGUAUCAAAUAUGAAAUAGAAUAUCACCAUUUUUAGUGGGGGGUAGGGAAAGCUUUAAAUAAUAAGCUUUGUGCAUGCGCGUACUCGAAGUGAUGCUCAUGUACCCAAAAGAUGGGGCGAAAGAGAUACCGUAGAUUGGGGAUCCCAGGUCUAUGAUGACGGUGGUGAUGUUGUAUUUCAUCUAUUGGCAAUAAGUGUUUUUCAUGACAAUUCUCUGAUUUCCAUUUUAUAUUUCAGUUGCAAUAAUGAAUUUCCCAUUAUCUCUCA